CUGUGGGCCAAGAAGGGGGGUUCCUGCAGACUCCAGCCAGGGACUGGGGACCGCUGCUGGCCUUUCCCUUGUGCUGCGCCUCCGGUCUGGGCUGGCAGUUUGAGGCGGCAUGGAAGGUCUGCCGAGCUCCACCCAUGUCCCCUUGGUGCUGCCACUGCUUCUGCUGCUGCUACUGGGUCCAGCGUGCCAAACAGCUGCCCAGCGCUGCCCACGGACCUGUGUCUGCGACAACUCCAGGCUGCAUGUUGCCUGCCGUCACCAGAACCUCACUGAGGUUCCAGACACCAUUCCUGAGCUGACCCAGAGGCUGGACCUCCAGGGCAACAUGCUCAAGGUGAUCCCUCCAGCUGCCUUCCAAGCCCUGCCUUACCUCACACAUCUGGACCUGCGGCACUGUCAGGUGGAGCUGGUGGCCGAGGGCGCCUUCCGAGGCCUGGGCCGCCUGCUCCUCCUCAACCUGGGCUCCAACCGCCUGAGCUCGUUGCCCCAAGAGGCGCUGGACGGGCUGGGCUCGCUGAGGCGGUUGGAGCUGGAGCGGAACAUACUGGAGGAGCUGCGGCCUGGGACCUUCGGGGCCCUGGGCGCGCUGGCCACGCUGAACCUGGCCCACAACGUGCUGGUCUACCUGCCUGCCAUGGCCUUCCAGGGCCUGCUGCGCGUCCGCUGGCUGCAGCUGUCGCACAACGCGCUCAGCGUGCUGGCCCCCGAGGCCCUGGCCGGCCUGCCCGCCCUGCGCCGGCUCAGCCUGCACCACAAUGAACUCCAGGCCCUGCCCGGGGCCGCCUUGUCCCAGGCCCGCGGCCUGGCCCGGCUGGAGCUGGGCCACAACCCUCUCACCUACACGGGUGAGGAGGACGGGCUGGCGCUGGCCGGCCUGCGGGAGCUGACGCUGGACCACGGCGCGCUGCAGGCCCUGGGGCCCCGGGCCUUCGCCCGCUGCCCGCGCCUGCACACCCUGGACCUCCGAGGGAACCAGCUGGACACGCUGCCCCCGCUGCAGGGCCCGGGCCAGCUGCGCCGGCUGCGGCUGCAGGGCAACCCGCUGUGGUGCGGCUGCCAGGCGCGGCCCCUGCUCGAGUGGCUGGCGCGGGCGCGCGUGCGCUCGGACGGCGCGUGCCGAGGACCGCGGCGGCUGCGAGGCGAGGCCCUGGACGCCCUGCGGCCCUCAGACCUGCGCUGCCCGGGAGACGCCGCCGAAGAGGAGGAAGAGGAGGAGGAGCGGGCGGGGGCUGCGGCUCGCGCCCCUCCACGCGCCCCGAAGGAGGAGGACGGGGCGGCCACGCCCUGCCCGCGCGCCUGCGUGUGCGCCGCCGAGUCCCGCCACAGUGGCUGUGAGGGCCGCGGCCUGCAGGCGGUGCCCCGCGGCUUCCCCAACGGCACUCAGCUCCUGGACCUGAGGUGGAACCACUUCCCCUCCGUGCCUCCAGCCGCCUUCCCUGGCCUGGGCCACCUGGUGUCGCUGCACCUACAGCACUGUGGCAUCGCAGAGCUGGAGGCGGGCGCCUUGGCGGGGCUGGGCCGCUUGAUCUACCUCUACCUCUCUGACAACCAGCUUUCCGGGCUCAGCGCGGUCGCCCUGGAAGGGGCCUCCCACCUUGGCUACCUGUACCUGGAACGCAACCGCUUCCUGCAGGUGCCGGGGGCCGCCCUGCGCGCCCUGCCCAGCCUCUUCUCCCUGCACCUGCAGGACAACGCUGUGGACCACCUGGCACCUGGGGACCUGGCUGGGGUGCGGGCCUUGCGCUGGCUCUAUCUGAGUGGAAACCGCAUCACCCAGGUGUCCCCUGGGGCGCUGGGCACAGCUAGGGACCUGGAGAAAUUGUACCUUGACAGGAACCAGCUGCGGGAAGUGCCCACUGGGGCCUUGGAGGGGCUGCCUGCCCUCCUGGAGCUGCAGCUCUCUGGGAAUCCACUCAGGGCCCUGCAAGACGGGGCCUUCCGGCCGGUGGGCAGGUCACUGCAGCACCUCUUCCUGAACAGCAGUGACCUGGAGCAGAUUUCUCCUGGGGCCUUCUCAGGCCUGGAGCUGGGGCUCCAGAGCCUACACCUGCAGAAGAACCAGCUUCGGACUCUGGCGGCCCUGCCCAAUCUCAGGCAGCUGGAGCUCAUCGACCUUAGCGGCAAUCCCUUCCAUUGCGACUGCCAGCUUCUCCUGCUGCACAGGUGGCUCACUGGGCUGAACCUGCGGGUGGGGGCCACCUGUGCCACCCCUCCCAGUGCCCGUGGCCAGAGGGUGAAGGCUGCAGCUGCUGUCUUCAAAGCCUGUCCAGGCUGGGCUGCCAGGAAGGCCAGGCGGACACCAGCCUUCAACCCUGGUGUCAGGAGGACCCCCAUCAAGCGAACACAGCAAGGAGCAGACAAGGUUGGCCUAGGGCUGGUGGCAGGGCCCAAGGCCUCAGGGCUGCCUUGGGGCCAUUGGAUGGGGUUUGUGUGAGUUCCCUGGGGGCUGCUACAACAAGGCACUAGGAAUUGGGUCGUUUAGAAUAACAGAAAUGUGACUGUUCUGUAGACUGGAAGUUGGAAAUCAAGGUGUUGGCAGGACUACACUGUUCCUGAAGCCUGGAGUGGAAGGAUCCUUUCUUGCUGCUAGCUGCUGGCAGCCUGAGACAUUCUGUGGCUGAUGGUGGCAUAAUCCUACCUGCCUCCAUCUUCACCUGAUAUCUUGCCUCUCCUCUGUCUCUGCAAAUCCCUCUUUUUAAAGGAUACCAGUCACAUUGGAACAGGGCCCACCCUAAAAGAACCUCGUUUUAAUUUCAUUACCUCUGUUAAGAUCCUCUUUCCAAAUAAGUUCAGACUCCGAGUUACUGGGGGUUAAGACUCCAACAUAUCUUUUUGGAGGAAAGACAAUUCAGUGUUCUGUAGGCUGGGAGUGAGGUAAGACCCCCAGUGGCAGGCAAGAUCUGCCUUAGAAGCCAGACCUGAUGCUAGCUUUAGUGACUCAGCAACAUUGGUCUCAUCUGACACUCAUGUGGCACUGACCUUCUUCCAAGCACUGUACUGUUAAACAGCCCUGAUGCUUCUCCCAGUCAGCCCCAGCAGAGACAUGAGGGAUGCUGAGCUGGGCUCAGGAGUGAAGAUCUGAGGAGUCCACCUCCAGACAGGGUUUCAGCAGGAAUCGGGAACUCAGGCCAUUUGAUCCAUUUCUGACAUGGAACUACUCCUAGUGCUAGCUGGGCAUGGUGGUGCCUGCCUGUAAUCCCAGCAGCUUGGGAGGCUGAGGCAGGAGGAUCCCAAGUUCAAGGCCAGUCUCAGCAAUUUACCAACACCCUGUCUCAAAGAAGAAGAAGAAGAAAAAAAUGGAGCUGGUGAUGUGGCUCAGUGGUUAAGCACCAUAAGUACCAAUUCCUAGUGCAAGCUGGAGUUCUGGGUUAUUUUAAUGAAUAGCAGUUUCUCCCCAGGGAUAUGGAGGAAUUGAAGGCUAAGGGCUCCAACCCUGGCAGUGUUCCAGACUGGAGGUGCCAGCCUACUGAGGGCAUGAGGCUGCACAUCUUUUCCCCUUGAGGUCCCAACAUGGUAUCUGGCACACACAAGUGCUCCAUGAUGUUGAUGGGACAAAUGGGAGUCCUGUUGGUAAUAUGGCAGGGCCCUGGGCUUAACCCCACCACUGUUACUUAACAUUGUAGAUUUAAGCAACCAAGUUACAAAACCUCACCUCAGAGCGAGGUCAGUGUGUGCCUCACAGGGUUACUGUGAAGGCACAUAAGCUAACCCUGUCCUUGGUCUCAUGCUGGCGUGGGAAGCUCUCGUUAAGACGUGGUUGUUCCCUUGCUCCCCUGCCCUUGAACAGGGUGGUCAUUCCAGGAUGGUCCUGGGAAGGCGGAGAGGUGUGGGGUGGUUUCCUGCAGGGUUUGGUCUGAUCUGUACCAGCAACCCUAAAGGGGACUCAGGCAGGGGCAGCAGGAGGAGAGUUCUGGGACUCUUCCUAGCCAGCAACCCAUUACUGAGACUCCAGGACCUUCAGUUCUACCCAAGGGUGAGAUGAGGCACAUAGCUCACUCUGAAUCUUGAGUAAAAAUUUCUAAGAGGUUGACACUUCCAUCUGUGACAAAUCAAACUGACCUACAGCACCAGCAACACGAAUCAGGUGCACUUUCUUAUAUUUCAUGAACACUCAUGGAUCCCAACUUUUUACCAGGUCUGAGUGAGGAACUAGGGAUGGAAAAGUUCCAUGCUCCCUUUGGGGAGGGGAACAGCAGAAAUGUAAGGACAAAUUAGUACAAAUUAGUGGUUGUUAGGGGGAGAGGGCACUUAGCUGGUGAUGGCAGAUGCCAUUUACUCUGUGGUCUUCUUUGGGUAGAAACUUAUUGUCUUCACCCUCGAUACCGUGGUAACAGACUGGACUUUAGCACGUAGGGGAGUUAACUGUCUAAUAUAAAUGGAGGAGCCUGGGGAGGCCAGGCCUGGGCCAGAGUGGCACCCAGCAUGUCCUGCAGCUCUGCCCUCAUCAUGGGGACCUUCUGCUCAUGACUUCAUUCAGGAAGGAACAAAAGGUCAAAUGGCAUAUAAGCCACUUGUCCCAGAAACUCUUGGGUCUGGACAAUGCCUAACUGCUAAGGUACCUGAUGAAAUGGCCCUUGAGACCCAUGCAGGCAGCCUGGACCUGGGUCUGUCAGCUGGGCUCCUGAGCAGACAGAAGAGCCAAACUGCACCCUGGGACCCUCUUUCUCCCAAUAUCCUCCCCCCAGGGGCUAAUGUCACUAACUUGUCACCACCUAAGUCUGGAAGCUGGCAUAUGCUGAGGGCAGGAAUAGCUGUUCUGGACAGAGACCUGCCUGGGUCUUGAGGCAACCCAGUGAUCUUCCAUUUUUCAAGCCUAUUUAUUUACUUAAGGAAAUCAGCCUGGGCCAAUGGGCCAUUUUCUGGGCCUGUGUUCUAACCAGGGCUUUAGCAAGGGCAACAGAACCAAGCUUUCUCUGCACCUGUCCAGAAAGGCCCAGCCUGUGAUGACUGAUGCCUACACCCCCAUCUCAGGCAUGGACCUGUCCCAGGUCCUGAGCCAGCCUAGUCUGCACACCUCGGCAAGCAGCAGACAGACCCAGACCCAGGUUGCCUGCAUGGGGCUCAAGGGCCUUGGCAGGCCCAAAAGGCAGCUGGACAGGGCAGCACAGCUAUAGCCCUUGCAGGACAGAGGGACCCACAUGGCCACCGUCCAACACACAGGUGGGAAGGGAAGGGCUGGGGACCUAGCUGCCUCCACCCUAGGUUCUGGGAUGCUAUGGGAAAGGCAGGAUGGAUCAGUUUUGAAGAAGACUAACUGGGAGGAGCAAAAGCAGCUGGAACCUGGGCAGACACCAGAUGAACUUCGAGAGUACACUUUCAGAGACUAGUGGAGAGAAUCAAGUAAGGAAUUGAAAGAACUUGGACAGUAAGAAAAGUGAGCUGGCGGGCACACCUGCUAUACCUGCUCCUCCCCUACCCCAGGGGGUGCUGGGAAGGAGUGGGAAGAUUGUCCUUAAUGGUUCUUGGGCAGCAGAGCUGGUCAUACCCUAGGUCAAGGCCAUACCAGACCCAGGUUAACAAGGACAAGGAAUGAAAAUGUCAGGCAGGUUCAACCCAAACUAGAAGGGCUGAGCUCACUCUACGCUGCUGUCCCUAGCAGCAAGCAGCCUGGCCUCCCCCAUCACCAAGUUGGCCCAGGAGGCCCAGGCCCUGUAAGCCUCCCCCACUGUCCUUUUAGGAAAUGUCAGCCAGUGCGCAUGCCAACAGAGAAAAGGGGUAAAGGCCACCUCACAUGUCACCAACACCCAUUAUCCCGGUCAGUGCUUCUCUGCUGCCUGCCACUGCAGGCCUGAGGGUGCAAGGAGGAGCAGGGUGUCCACGCACAAGGCGCUCAGGGCCUUCUGCCUGGAUUGACGUAGGCAGAGCUGCUCCUGUCCCACCUCUCACUGUCAGCCCGGGGACCUUCCACUCAGAGCUGCUUCGUAAUUUUAUUCUUGGGCAAAUGUACAGGUGGAUCACACACCGUCUUGUCCCUCGUCUUCCAGCGUGAUGGCAGCAGUGCCCACCGGUGGGGGUACAGUAGGGUGGGCAACAAGUGCACCAGCUUCAGGAGCCUGGGCCGCAUAGGGAGUCACUCAGACCAGUUUGGGGCCUCAGGCAGUCCCAGGCAUGCAGGCCUCUCCAGAGGAGGGUGGAGGCAACAGGUAGGUUCUUCAGCUCGCAGCCUCCACACACCAGGCAGGGUGGACCCAAGAAAGGCUCAGUCUCCCAACUCAAGUCGGGUGGAGGGGUGGUGGCACAGAGGAGCCCGGCCUCCCCUCUGCUCCAGCCCAGGUGGGCUCAGUCAUCUGUCUCUUGCUUGAUGUUGUCCAGGGGGACAGGCAGCUCUGGACUAGGAGCCUUGUCAGGUGAAGCUGUGUCCAGGUGCUCUUCCUUCACACACACGGCAAUGACUAGAGGGAAGCAGAGAAUGAGCGUGCAGUGCCGGGAAGGUGGGGUACACAGCGGGUCAAGGGACCUGGCUUCCUGCAGAUGGGGCCCGCAGGAGGUGGCGGGGAGCUGUGGAGACCACCUUCCUGCUCACCUCCCAGAAGCUACAGCAGAGAAGGAUCAGGGUGUUGGGUGUGCCAGAGAUAGUGGCAUCUCCCAGUCUGCCCCCAACCUGCCAAGUCCAUCCAGUAGGUAGAGGAACAGAGGAAGAAGGCAGAGCAUCUGGCUGGACAGAGACUGAGCUUGGCUCAGAGUUGGGGGCAGGUGUUUGGGAAGCUCUCCAGGCCCAGUGGUUCAAGGACUACUUGGUGCCCAGAAAACUCUCUUCAAACCUGACUCUACUCUUCUGUGCCCAGGUGGGAAAGGAGAGGGGCCCCCUCUGAGCAUGGAGCAGGCUGGCCCUGCCUUGACCUCACCCGGCGGCUCUUACUCUCGUCAGCAAUGGGCUCCGAUGAGACCUUCCCCGCAGCCUGCAGGUCGUCCUCCAGCAGGGGCUUCUUGGACCCCUGUCUGAGGGGCCGAGUCUUGGUCGGUGGAAUCCUUUUCCCUUUGAAUAAAAAUGGAAUGAACCCAGCAUUAGGGUCCUAUCUACACAAGGCUUGCAGGGCUGGGUCUCGUCCAGUGGCAGCAGCAUAGCAGAGGGGAAGUGCCAGUUUGGGACAAAGGGCCUGGCCUACAACUGACAG